GAAACCGUGCGGGGGGCGUGUCUUUUAACAGCGCUGUGUUCCGUGUGGAAAGUUUACCGGCUCGGGUGCAAAGUUUCAGCCGUCUGCAAACCAGAGCUCGUCGGCAAACAAAUCUGGAAUAUGCUGGUGCCAACCGCGGUGUAUUUAUAGGGGUUACUAGUGUCGUAUUUCGGAUUAAUCGUCUUCUGAUAAAUCCGAGUGAUGUUGCCGUCGCUAGAUAUGAGUAGUGAGUGAAGACGCGGUGACCAUUGCCUCGUAUUGUCUCAGCUAGCUAGUCGUUAGCUUGGAGCUAACCGCGGUGAGACGUUAUUUAACGUUAACGUGAAACUUGAAUCGACGGAAGGACUGUGAGGAAAAGGUUGGGAAAAUGGCUUGUGAACCUAAUCGUGUCCGGCUGCUCUGCAUGCUCUCGUUGACUUUUGGGUUUUUCAUUGUGGAGGUGGUGGUCAGCCGGUUGACCGCGUCUCUCUCGAUGCUGUCCGACUCUUUCCACAUGCUGUCGGACGUCAUCGCGCUGGUGGUCGCUCUGGUCGCGGUGCGAUUCGCGGAGAAAACUCACGCUACUAACAAAAACACCUUCGGGUGGAUCCGGGCGGAGGUGAUGGGGGCUCUGGUGAACGCUGUCUUCCUGGCGGCUCUCUGUUUCACCAUCGUCUUAGAGGCGAUCGAGCGCUUCACCGAGGCCCAUGAGAUCGAGAGCCCGGAGAUGGUUGCCGGGGUCGGCGCCGUGGGGCUCCUUGUGAACCUGCUCGGGCUCUGCUUGUUUCACGGGCACGCCGGCGGAGGACACGGACACUCACACGGAGGGCACUCCCACGGGAGUAAGAACAAGAGGGGUAAAGCCGGCAAGUCUCUGAAGGCUGGGAACGGGACGUCAGGAGAAGAGACCAACAACUUGGUGGGGAAUCACAAUAGCCCUGGUGAUGUGAAACCGAGAAAUGAAAUCAGCCGUAAAGACAGCACAGAGGUGCAGAUGAACGGCAACACGCAAUAUGAGGAGAUGGACCAUGACCACAGCUCGUCAUCACAGCUCAACAUGCGCGGUGUCUUCCUCCAUGUGUUGGGCGACGCCCUGGGCUCUGUUAUCGUGGUGGUCAACGCUAUAAUAUUCAUCUUUGUGUGGAAGCCCUGCAAAGCCGGUGAGAUAUGCGUCAACCCGUGCAUCAACAGUCACACCACAGACCACCAUCAUGUCAAUCACACACUGGUGGACCUGCUUGAAGGCCCCACCGUGCCAAGCAUGAAGGUGGCUGGUCCCUGCUGGGUUCUCUACCUGGAUCCCACGCUCUGCAUCAUCAUGGUGGGCAUCCUGCUGUACACCACCUACCCGUUGCUAAAGGAGUCGGCCCUCAUCCUGCUUCAGACCGUGCCCAAGCAGAUCAACAUGCACCGGCUCAACGAGCGUCUGCUCAGUCUGGAGGGCGUCCUGGCAAUCCACGAGCUGCACAUCUGGCAGCUGGCCGGCAGCCGCAUCAUCGCAACGGCACACAUCAAGUGCCACGACCCCACGUCUUACAUGGAGGUGGCCAAACGCAUCAAGGACUUCUUUCACGAUGAGGGCAUCCACGCCACCACCAUCCAGCCCGAGUUUGUCACAUUCAGCUCGGAGUCUCGAGACUCUCUCUGUGAGCUCUCCUGUCGGACUCAGUGUGCUCCCAAGCUGUGCUGCGGCUCUGCAGACAAACAGAACACGGACAAGAAAGCUAGCAGUGACAGCAAGGCGACUGCUGCUUCAGCCCUGGAGGUGGUCAGUGAGACCACAGAGCAGGCCGCAGCUGCUCUGGUGCGCCCUCGGUCAGGGGCCGAGGUGACCAUCACCAGAGAGGUGGAGUCGUCUCUGUGAGAUGGAAGAGAAAGAGAGAAACAGAGGAGAAGCUGGAAAACCACCACAUCAAGCAAAAACAAUCAUUAUCAUUUGCAGGACGCAGGAAUCUUUUUGACCUGUGGAUAAGGAAAAAAAAAAAUUCCUUAGUCCUUUUUUAUUCUUUUUUUUUUGCCCCCUUUAUGGCUGCAAAAUCCUUUCAAAACAUACUGUGUUCAUGCAUUUUUCAGUUUCUCAGUUUCUUUCAUCCCUCUCUUCUCUCCAUAUAUAUCUCCAGUAGUUGGAAUAUAUAUAUAUAUAUAAAUAUAAUGUAUAUAUUCCAACCACUGCUGUCUCCCACCCACCCUCUCCUCUGCUGCUCAGCCCCUCUUUUGUCUGUUGCCCUGACAGUGUGGUAGCAAUGCAUGUUGGGGUUCACUGACCUAUCUCCUCCUGGACUGGAGCGAGGCCUGCAUGAGUGUCCCUCAUUAGCACCGCGUUGUGAUGUGUCAUCUCGUCCCAUGGUGUUUCUGUGCCAAAGCGUCUCACUACAGGACUGGAGGGAUCGGAGAGACCUCCCUCUCCUCCAGAAGGACACACACAACACAUGCAAGUCGGAGCACACAUCACUAGGUUAUUUUGUUCGGCCUAUGGACUUGUUGGCAAAGAGUCUACUUUUUGUUUCUUGUGUAGGCUUUGAGCAAAUCUAUUUUCUUAACCUCUGGCCCCAAAUGGAAGAGUAUUAUAUUGCAUAAUAAUUUAAGUAUUUAAGUUAUUAGAAAUGAUCUAUUUCUCUCUGUAGAUGCUGUUUGUAAUAUUUAGUUUGGGUGAUAGAAACUUUUUUGCAAUUUUCUGUCUUGAAUUUUUUUUUUUUCUUGGACAAACCAUCUAUGCUGUAGUCAGUUUUUCAAAUGUGAUAUUUUAUAAUUUUGUUUCUCAAACUUUCUCUGGCCUUGACUCGGUUUUAAUUGCAGUCAUUAGUUGGAUACAGAAGCCGUAUCAACAUCUCUCUCACCUUGCCUUUUAAAUAAAAAAAACUGCUGUGGUAUGGCACUAAGUAUAGAAGAAAUAAUGUAACUGAACUUGCAAUGGCAUGGUAUGUAAUUACUUGUUCAUUCAAGAUCUGAUGCAUUGCAAGCCAGAGGGGGUUGGGUCUGUUGCUAAGAAACGAGCACUGUAUACCAAUAGUCAAACACUAUUCUCUGUGUGAAUCUGUACUGGAAAGCUUUCUGAUGACGGCUUGAUGAUUUAUCAGUUUUUAAAAAUCCUCAUGAAUGUGUUCGGCACCUUGUCACAAUCCAUGCUGAGGGACUUUUUUGUAAUUUUAGGAUGUUCUACUGUGUUUGCAUGACAAAACUGAGACCUGGUGCUCGACGUUGAAGAGCUCCACUAAGAGCUCCAGUUGCUGCUUACCAGAACCUACUGGUAUCCUCCAACUAUUCGAAUUACUGUGUAUGGAAUGACUCAUCAUGUAGCUCGCCUCUCCUCUGCUUUGGACAGCUGAGCAGACUGUUUGCUGAAUUGAAGUCCAUACAGUGGCCUUUGAAAUUGUUUGAAAUUUCCCUCAUCAUUUAAACAGUGAGCCAUCGAUGCGUCUCAGAUCUCCACUCCCGAUUUUAAUGUGUAUGCAAUGUAGAAAUAUGUGCUGGGAAAUGUAUUUUGACGCAUUCCUUCAUUUGUAAUGUUUGGUCACUUUUAUUUUGUGUCUUCUCAGACUUGAGCUGUAUGUGAUAAUUGAAAACAUAAGUGUUGUUUUUUUAUUUUAGAUAUAACAUGUCAGCUGAUGUGUUUCUUGAGAUAUAUAUAUGUAUAUAUAUAUCUCAUUAGUAUCUGUCCAAUGUGUCAUUGUGAAAUAAAAUAUAUGGCUGUUUGGUACAGUUGAUGAGCCCAA